UAGCCUCUGCGCCUGCUCUUGUGGUUGUGGUAGGAACAAGAGUGUGCUCACCUUUUACAGUUAGAGUAUUCGAGUUGGCCGCCCAUGCUAGCUAGGAGAUCAUGUGAUGGACCUGCGCGCGCAAGUGCAUGAGUGGGACACUGUGCCUACUCCGUUGAAUCAUCUUCUUGUUUGUGCCGCCCCCACCCACCCCCCACAAGCUCGGAAGCUCCCCCGCUCGGCCGUCUCCACGGGUCAACUAGCGCACAUACGCCAGAUGUCUGCUCGCUCUGUAUUUUGCAGGCGAGCUUAAUGGCUGCUGCCGCAGCCGAACUCGAUUCGGUGCUGACCAUCAUGCUGAUGAACAGGUGGCUGUAGCUGCAGAGGAGGCGAGGUUCUCCGGCUCCGCCAUGGCGACGGCGUUCAAGGCCUUCUUCAACAGCCCCGUCGCCCCCAAGACCACGCAUUUCUGGGGACCCGUCAGCAACUGGGGGCUUCAUCCUCGCGACCUGGGAGACAACAAGAAACCACCUGAACUGAUAUCCGGCAGAAUGACCGCAGUAAUGUGUGUGUAUUCUGGCCUAUUCAUGAGGUUCGCAUGGGUGGUACGGCCCCGUAACUACUUUCUUAUGGCAACUCGUGCCUCCAACGAAAGCGUUCAACUCUACCAGUUAUCUUGCUAUGCGAGAGUUCAAGGUUACCUAGAGAAGAAAGAGGAUAAGGACCAACAAUAA